AUGCUGCACCCGGGAGAUCCGUACUGUAUCCUCAGUCUUGGAUUUGGGGCUUUCCCGUAUGUGGCAGUGGUGGGUACUUCGCACAGCCUCAUUUGGUAUUCUCUUGCCACCCCGGCUGUGAUGAUGGGACUUCUUGUUUAUCCAAGAAUCCCAUCGCGAUAUGCAGCUUCGUUGGAGCCACGACCGGUGAAGGCACAAGCGAGAGCUUUGACAGGCUGUUGA